GGCAUAGUGCACUGUGGGAUAGAGGAGGGCAGUCAACACCUGUUGAUGUUGUCUGAACACUUCAUUCACGCAUAACAAUACAGAACAGUACCGGGAAGUUCUAUUAAAUCAUUAGAAAUGUCCUGGGAUAGCUUACCAGCAAGGAGUGGAUAUCCCAAGGUAGUCAAGAGCUGGAUUUAACAGGACACAUUACCUCUCCCACUCGCAUAUCCCUCCACCCCAGCCUCUCCGGAUCUACUUUCCCCCUGUCGGCGUGAUGACUUCAAGAGAGGGCGAUGUAGUCAGCAAAACCAACACGAGCCACUCGGCGCCGGAGGACCCCGGCUGUGAUUCCUCGGCGCUCGAGUGCACCGUGUGCUUCUGCCCCUACGACAAUGUCUUCAAGGCCCCCAAAGUCCUAAGCUGCCUCCAUACCUUUUGCCUGGAGUGCUUGGCCCGCAUCAACGUUUCCUCUGAGAAAAACAAGACCCUGGUUUGCCCGUUAUGCCGCGAGGAAACCCAGCUGGAAGCAAAGAAGGGGCUGACUGACCUGCCCAACAACCUGGAGCUGAUCGGCAAGCUGGCCCCGGAGAUGCAGGGUGCCGUCUCGGUGAGGUUUAACCGAAGCAAAGGCCGUCUGUGGGUAAAAAAGAAGGUAGACCCUGCCUCCCUGAUCAAGCCCAGCAAGGUGGACAGCGUCAGCCUCUCUUUGGAUGUUGGCCGCCCCCCUUCCAGGGUCAGGACCGAGGCCUCCAGGCUGCUCUUUUCUACCUGUACCUUCUACACUGCCAUCGCUACCAUAGUCGUGGUGACCGUGGCUCUGGUCCUGUCUGGGAUUCUUAUAUUCGUGCUGGUUCCCAAGUUACAGCCUAGCCAGCUUAAGCCCAACCAAGCUGUCACACCCAUUAAUAAUAUAUCCAACAGCACUCAGAUUUAAUAGAAGGGGAUCGCCGGAGUCUUUAAGGAGGUACUAGCUGAUGGAAUGGUUCAUUCCUCUUGCCAUGAAUUUCCAUUCAUUGCCUUCCAUGUGCAGUUUGACAAGAAGUAUUUAAAUGACUGCAUUUUGCAUUGAAGAGCAGACUUGCUAUGCAGUUUUCCCUGCUGGAAUUAAAGACUGGGAAUUGGAGAAUGAUCUCCUGUCCCCCCGUACGAUUUUGAAAAGCGCCUUGGAGCCUCGCUGCCUUUCAAAUCCACUCUGCACAUUGCAGUGCUUGUCUUUGUACAUAGCAGGGGGUUAAGUGGCUUGUAUUCUUAAAAGAUGUCAAUUAAUACUGUAAACAAAACAAAAUGUACAGAGUUGUAUUAAAAUGUAACUUUUUUGUUAGUUUGUUUUUGAACGUCAAAUAUUGAGUUAUUACCAGCCUUCCUCAACCCAUUCAAGUCAUGUGACAAUGUGACCUUUCAGCUAUGGGUCUGUGCAUCGCUAAUGGCAGGACCUGAGGGGACUCUCUGGGUAGAUUCACAUUCAGCUCGGCUCUUGGUAGUAGUGUCAUAGACAACGUCAUAACAAACAUGGACCUAGAAUCUAUCAAUGCUUUUAUAGUCAAACAGCAUUCGUCCCUGUCAGACCAUAGCCAAAUAACCCUAUACCUGCCAAUCAGAGAGCCAAUCCCACCCACCAAACUGAUCAACCUCAAACCAUGUUACAAAUGGACAGAGAGAAGUCGUGAAGGCUAUAUAAGAAUUCUCGGCAGUACUGAGAUUGAAAGCAUGCUAAACAGCUUUCAAACAACACUCUACCAAAGCAACCAAAAAGGGAUACAUCUGGCCAUCAAACAUUGUAGCAAUAUAUUUUGAAACAAUAUUAAUAAAAUCACAUUUUCAACAAAUCAAAAAUAAAUAAGGUAUUUAAGGAGGAAAGGAAGAAAGGAAAGAGAAAUCACGGUCUUGUUCUUUUCAAGUCCAGAUAAGUACAGUUUAUUGAAGGUAAAAGUUCUGAGUUGCAAAGUUACAACCAGACAUUUCAAAGGUUACAUGGUGACAACAGUUUGCAGGUAUCCUCUUUCCAAGCACAGAUCAGAGCAAUAGGAAGAGCAUUUCAGUAUUCUCAGUUUAAAUGCAGUCUCUCAGUGACGUCAUGACUUUUCCUUAAACCAAUCAGAAAGACACAAAUCUCUUCUCACUUGGUUAAUUGCCCAUUUGUCCAAACCCUAGCUUCAAAGCAUCUGGUUCAAUUCAGUUUCUCUUUGAUCUCGCUAGUUUUUAUAACCCUCAUAAAAUCGAUAGUAAUUUCCUAAGAAAGCCUGUUUUAUUUCUAGUUUGUACUGUCUAAGU